UGCAACAACAUUACAACAUAUUUUAGAUGCCGUUCAAAUUUUUGACCCAAAUGUUACACCCAAGACAAAACAAAUUGAAUGUUUGCAGACAAUAUUGUGUCAUAAAGAUGUAAUUGUCAAUUUACCUGUUGGCUAUGGUAAAAGCCUUAUUUAUCAAUGUUUGCCAAUGCUUUUAUCAUCUGUAUCCAGUUCAACCAAUGUAGUUGUUUUAGUUGUUUCUCCACUUACAAUUAUUCAACAAGAUCAAAUGCAGAUUCUCGCUGAACAUAACAUUAAAGCUUUCCGUUUGCCUUUUGGUGAUGAGUCUGUUGUCAGCAAAGAUGAUCAGCAAAAACUUUGUAAGGGAGAAUAUUCCAUAGUCAUGUGUCAUCCUGAAUCUUUACUUAAUAAUACCUGGGGAAAAGCUCUUCUGAGAAAUGAAGACUUCACUAGCAAAGUUCAUGCUGUCGUGAUCGACGAGUGUCACAUUGUAGAAGAUUGGGGAGAAGAAUUCAGAACCUCAUUCCAACAUCUGAAGACCUUGCCAUCAAUUUUUUCUAAUGCCUCUUUCAUAGCUCUGAGUGGUUCCUUGACAAAACAUCAAAUAAAAAAACUUCCAAGUAUUUUAGGUCUACAUGAACCUGCAAUUGUUGAAGAAAGCCCCGACAGAUGUAACAUCUUCUUAAGCAAAAUUCUCAAAUCAAAACAAACUGAUGUUCAUCAAAUUUAUGAAGAAAUCUUUAGAAAGGAAUGUGAUGGUUUGAAAAAAGAUCAAUUAAAUUAUCCUGUUACAUUAAUGUUCAUGCCACUGUAUUACAUUAGCCAAGCAUCUGCAUAUCUUAGAUUUAUAUUUGGUUCAAAUGACAUUACAAAAUCAUGUUAUGCUGUGUUGUACUCCAAUCAAGACAAAUGUGUUUUAAAUUACACGAUAAAUGCAUUGAAGGCAGCAAGUCCAGUGAUUAGAUUGAUCCUGACUUCUUCAGUGGCUGGCAUGGGUUUUGAUCCCCCAUGUGUAACAAGAAUCAUCCAUGCCAAGCCACCGGCCAGCAUAGCUCAAUACCUGCAGGAGAUAGGCCGGGCUGGUAGAAGGGGUCAACAGAGCCAUGCCAUUCUCUAUUACAAUAAACGAGAUUUGGCUGCAAAUACUCCUGGUAUACAGCAAGAUAUAAUUAAGUAUUGUUCUGAUGACACCAGGUGUCUUCGGGAAAAGCUCCUGGAACCUUUUGGCUUUCAGAAAAGUGACCAGAUUGCCAAUGACAAAUGCUGCUCAAUUUGCAAGUCAAAGUCUGCAGCGUCACACUUAUUGUCUGCCAUGGAAAAUGUCGAGAUAUAAUGUUUUGUUAGAAAAAACACAGGUGGAAGUAACGUUACUGGAUAGUAUAUGGGCCAAGGAGCCCGAAAUUUUCAACUUAAUAUAUAAAUUCAUGUUUAAUGAGAGAAAAAUUGACUAAGAGCCAUGAAAAAACACACUACGAUUCCAAUAUCAGAGGGUGGGAAUUAUUUUCAUGGCUCUUUGUUCAGGUUUCUCUCAUUACACAUGAUUUUAUAUGUUAAUUUGAAUGUAUAGGGCUCCAAGGCCCAUAUACUGUCCAAGGAACGUUACUUCCACCUGUGGGAAAAAAGGCCAGACAUUUUUAGCUUUACUAUAAUAUAUGUGGAGCUAUCCUACUCACCCCGGCGUCUGCGUUUGCGUGAGCGUGCAAAUGUUUAAGUUUGCGUACUACCUCAAAUAUUUCAAUGUCCCUUGACAUAUUGCUUUCAUAUUUUGCAUACUUUGUUUACCAACAUGACCCCAACCUAUAAGCAAGAGCAGAAAACUCUAUCAAGAAUUUUGUAAUAAUAAUGGGCCCUUUUCCACUUAAAAUAUGCAGCAAAUGUUAAAGUUUGCGUACUACCCCAAAUAUUUACAAUGUCCUUUGACAUACCGCUUUCAUAUUUUCUAUACUUGUUUACCAACAUGACCCCGACCUAUAAACAAGAGCAGAAAACUGUAUUAAGGAUUUUGACAGAAUUAUGGCCCCUUUAAUGCUUAGAAUAUGCAUAUUAUUGAUAAAUCUAUGUUAACGUUUGCGUUCUACCCAAAAUAUUCUCUAUGUCCUUUGACAUAUUGCUUUUAUAGUUUGCAUACUUGCUUAACAACAUGACCCCAACCUAUCAACAAGAGCAGACAACUGUAUCAAGCAUUUUGACAUAAUUAUCAUGGCACCUUUUAUACUUAGAUAAAUGAAAAUUGUGCUCAAAUUGCCAUAACUUCUUUAUUUAUGAUCAG